GGAAAAAAAUCGGACAAGCACAACAUACCCCAAAACAACACACACUCUUUAAAGAGUUAGGCGAAAGAAAAAAAUAGGAAGAGAGAGAUGGAGAUGUAAGGAGGUUGUUUGUUAGUAUUGGAUUCGUUGUUUAAAUCAUGUUGGGUAGAUUAGACUAUAAAAAGAAACAAAACAAAACAUAGAGUCAACAAUCGAAAUAGUCUAUAGACCACCCAGAUUCAAGCGAGACGGAGAUUAGUCUAGCUACCAGUUGAUCACGCCCCGGGUUCAGACGUUCAAGUGGACAAGCUGCGUGCGUUGGGCUGGCCAAGUCAUUUGGUGCAUGGCAUGUCUUAUCGGCGCUAGCCUAGCCUACCUGGGGACCAACCCAACAGUGAGGGAGUCGAUGAGGAGGAGAGUGGGGGUUCGAAGAGAUCUAUUCAUCACCAAGGGGGAAGGUGUACUUCAUUCAGUAUGCCACCACUAUGAGUAGAGUGUGUUAGAGUAGAAGAACAUUGACAUUCUCUGUAAAGAAAACAACUGCUUGGUACUAUUGGUCUAAAUUUGGAGGGUGGUAAAAACUGCAAUUUAUUUGUUAAUUAGAUGAAGCAGUCCUAUAAUAGCCAGUGUGGAAGUGUAGACAUGUUUGAUAACUCGCAGUAUCCAUAUAACUGCUUCAACUAUGAUGGAGAUGGAUACCCUUCCUGCAGCACGGAUGAAGACAAGAAGAUGUGUCGACCCGCUUACAGUUACAUAGCGUUGAUAGCCAUGGCCAUCCAGCAGAGUCCAGAGCACCGGGUCACCUUGUCAGGGAUCUACGAGUUCAUCAUGAAACGCUUUCCAUACUACAGGUCCAACCAGAGAGCAUGGCAAAACUCCAUACGACACAACCUCUCUCUCAACAGCUGCUUCAUUAAGGUUCCCCGUACGGAGGGAAACGAGAAGGGGAAAGGCAACUACUGGACAUUCGCCACUGGCUGUGAGUCCAUGCUUGACCUCUUCGAGAACGGCAACUUUCGGCGUCGCCGGCGCCGACGCAACAUGAAAAUGGGUUUCAGAGAGCCUGGGGAGCCUUUCCUCCCAGUAGACAAUAACAAGAACAAUAACAUCAACAACCAACACGGCGGCUCCACCCGGCGGUCCGAUCCUAACCCUAACCCCAAACCAGACUCUUUCUGCCCCAUCAGCCCUGACCACAGACCAGGUCACCACACCCCCCUCAACCCAAACCAGCAGGAUAAACCAGAACCGGAGAUUAAAUUCAGUAUUGACUACAUCCUCUCCACUCCCAACCCCCCUCUGCCAGGCUUCAGACCUCCACGUAGUGGUACAACAGUGGCCCCCAUACACGCUCUGGAGCCCCAACACCUGAACCUGCACUUCUGGACCAUGUGAGUGUCAUAGCCUUGCCUAUAAAGAGAGAUACUUCAUCUGAAAGACUGGAUGGUUUUUCCACCAUAUCUGAAUUAGGAAAUUAAAAGAUCCAAAGACUGCUUCCUUGUGCAAGGGGAGAUUUGAUUGACUUGUCCUGUAAAUAAAGAAUAUAGAGAGGUC